AUCCACCAACCAACUACCAGACCCAGAAACACAAACAGAAACACAAGAACAAGGACAAGAACAAGGACAAGGGCAGCGCCCGCAACCCGUCCCGUCCCGUGUUUCCGGAAUGAGACCGGUGCCGCCGCCGGUCCGCCGGUGGAUCUUCUCGCUUCCUUCCCGCCACCAUCCCUUCGGCGGGCACCGGGCUCUCCCCGGUCCGCACGGAACGGCCCCCGUUGCAAGGGAACGAAGGUGCUUUGGCACGCGGAGCGAUCCUUGGAAGAAGAGGCGGCCUUCGAGGCGGGCUUCGGACCGGGGCAGGCCCAAGCUCCCGCCGAAGCAGGGAUCGCCGCCACAGAGGCGCCGCCACAGAAACCACAGGAGCCGGAGCGAGGGUUUCGAGGCAGGAGAAGCAGCAGCAACAAAAGCAACAGCAACAAAACCCACAGCAGCAGCCCAGGUGGAGACGUCCUCCGUGGCGUCGUCCAUCGUGGAUCGGUGGGAGGAAGACCGAACCAUCCGGGGCAAGGGAAACGACUACAACGCCGGUCCCCGCCGGUCCGCUGCGAGGAACACCUUCCAGAUCGAUCGGUUUCGGGACCGGCAGCAAGAAUACUGCGAGGUGGUCGACGCCUACCGCCGGUUUUGGUACCGGGACGCGAACCACGACUCCCCGGCCGACUGGAGGACUGCCAUGGCCUUUGGGCACCCCGGUGCCGACGAGGAUCUCCCGUGGCUCGAGGUCUCCUGGGAGAGGAUCCUCGCAUCGGAGGACCUCUUUCGAAAGGUCUGUGCCUCCCACCACAACCUCUUCCUGGCCUGUGCCUCCUGCCUGACGGAGCACACCGAGAGCCAAAAGAACCACGGCAGCGAUCGCGGGCGAAGGAAACAAGGUCAGGAAGGGACAACCACCGUUCUCGGCUCCAGCGGCGACGACUGGAGCGAGAACGACCUGUUCCGGGCGGACUGCGAAGAACUGCUAAGAACCAUCCUGCCCAGGUGGGAAAGCCUGCGGAGGGAAAGGGCCGCCCUCGUGGAUCGAUACCGGCCACCGGGCGAUGGUCCGCCUCCCCUUUUGCCGGGGGAGGGCUUGUCCCCCACGGGAGCAUCCCCGCUGGAAGACCCCCACCGGCAGCAGGUUUCGCCGUGGGCAACCGCCGGCGACUGCGACAACAACAACAACAACGAUAACAACAACAACAACAAAACCCACAACAACGACGACCGGGAGGCUCCCUCGGAGCGGACCCGCGGCGGGGCGGGGGAGGACCCCCCCGGGGGAAAUCGGUGGGUGGGCUGGCUCAAGCACAUGAUCGCGGGGGACGAAGGCGGCGGCGGUGCCGAAACGGCCGAAACGGUGCACCCCCGUACCGCCACGGCCCACUCGGACCCGGAAUGCGCUCCCAACCAUUACCACUACUCCAAGCUCAUCGGACAGCUGUACUUUCACUACCUGCCCCACGAGCGGCACAUCCGCGGGAACCCCUUCCACUUGUACACCAAGACCGAGCGGGAAGAAGGAACGGCGACGCCAAUGGGGAACGACGGUGACGACGGUGACGACUGCGAGGUGGAGGUGGGCCUCGGCAGAGACUCGAUCGGUGCAAACGCAAGGGCAAAAUCAGCCAGCGACGAUGCCGGCGACCCAACCGGGGGCUCCCCCCGCCGGGUUUCGUACCAGUCGGCGCUCCUCGCCUACGAGAAGCGGCGGCGGGAGAUUCUGAGGGAGCGGGCCGCAACCAUGCAGUCCGUGGUGGACCACGCCCUGCUCCCCCUCGCCCCAGCGCCGCCCUCGCGGAACACCGCCACGACGACGCAGCUGCAGGAGGACGACAGCAACCGCGUCCUGACCGACAAGAUCGUCCGCCUGCUGAUCCGUUCCUACCUCGACCAGGAAGAACUCGGGGCCGCGCAGCAGGCGGAGCGGGUCUACCACCGACACCCGAACCACCGGAAAAAACUCUUGUGGUACGUUGCCAUGUCGUACCUGCGGGUGAUCAAAUCGAUGCGGAAGCACCCCAAGGGUUCUCCCUCCAGGGAUCCGUCUCCGAGGACGGACGCCGACGACCCGGCCGUGGCGGCGAAGCGCAUCUGCGAGCUCGUCUCUUCCAAGUACGCCAAAGAAGCGAGGGAAUUCCAGCACUGCUCCGCCAUUGCCUUCGAGGCGCUGGCGAUACUGCCCGAACAAAGCCGGCACAAACUGAACGGGUACUACGACCGGGUCCACUCGCUCGGCAUCCUCAAGUUCGGCCCGAAGGUCUGGGAGGCCCUGAUCGACGGAAACGGAGAACCACCGGGGCCCGCGAAGGACGGUUCUCUCCGGGGCAGGAAACAAAGCGGCAGCCUCCGGUCUCCUUCCCCGGCCUCUGCAGAAACUCCGGAGGAAUCUACCCCGCUUGUGGUGGACCUUUCUCAAUCUCUGAAUUCCAACGACCACAAGAUUCUCCACCACCUCAUCCAAAUCUAUUCGAAGGACGAGAAAUACUUCCCUCGAGCCCUGAGGCUGCUGGACCUCUUGCUCGAACUGUACCCGGCCUACGAUCUGCAAGAAUCGCUGACCCGGGCCACCUUUCACAAACUCCUCGGGCGUCUCUCCAAACAGCGGGAAAAGGCCUGGGAGAAACAAAAGGCGUCGCAAAACCCCUCGCGCUCGACCGACAGCGACGGGUGCAGCCGGGAGCUGGAGAGUGCCUUUCGGAUUCUCGACAAGAUGAUUUCGCACGAAUGGUGGUUUCCGAACGAGGACACCUUUCGCAUCUUGUUCCCGUUGGCCGCCUUUAGCGACAAUCCCGCACCGGGCACCGAGCGGGUGCUGGCCAGGCUCGAAGCCUGCCGCUUCCUUUCCGUGCUCUCGCCCCCGAAACCCCGUGCCACCCUUUCGACGAGCCAGCAAACAGCGAGGCCCGGCCCGUCUGUUUCCACCUCGAACCGGCCCUUUGGUUCCCUGGAGGCGUCCUCGCACGCGCUGACUGCCUGGAUGAACACGGCCAGCUACAACAACUACACGGUUCCCCCGGGCCACCCGCAUCCCGCGGAACGGGCGUGGGCGAUCCUACAGGCGCUGAGGACGGGAUCGUCGGAGGCACUCCUGCUGGACGGUGCCGAUCCAGCGAGCGGGCACCGGCACGGCUUCCGUCGUUCCCCCGGGCCCACCGAUGCUAUCUACACGCUCGCGCUGAAGGUCUGCUCGCGGAUCAUGGACUCUCCCCAGUCCCUCGAGGUCGCCAUGGAUAUUUUCGAGGCCGCCGCAGAGGACAAGAUGCUGCUGGAGGGAGACAUCUGCCGGGUCCUGCUGGGAGUCGUCAUGAACUUCUCGAGCUCGGAUUCCGACAACCUGCGUCGCGUCGAGGCCGCCAAACGCGUCCACCAAGCCCUGGUCGAGCUGGAUCCGGACUAUGGUGCGGCAAAGCCAGCCGUUCUUGGUUUUCUAAAGAAACAGACUUCGUACAUCCGGAUACGCCACCCCGAACUGUACGAAAACCACUUGGCCGAGCUGAAACUCCUCGAACCAGAGGUCUCCUCCCCGGUGUAGGUACACAGAUCGCAACGGCGGCGAUACCGAAGCGAAGAGCGAUCCAUUGUCGGAGGUCGACCGGAUUGUUGUUCGUCGCUGUUUCUAUGUCGGUUGCGCAUAAUUCCAUCUAAAUUCGGAC